AUGGGCUCCUUGUUUGGAGAACAUCCAAGGAAUGAGUCAUUAACAUGGAGAGCGGAGCCCCAUUACAGAGGUAGUUUUGGGAUCCUCUCGUCCUGUCUGACAACGAUGAUCCUCUGUAUCUGGACAGCGAUUCAUCUGAACAUCCCGGAGAGAGGACACACGGUGAAAAACUUUCUGAUAAAAGUGGGAUGGCUGAUUAUGGGAAUAUUUGCUCCUGAAAUUAUAGUAUGGACAGCAUUCCAGCAACGUCGAGAUGCUAGUGAUCUUACGAGACGGGAAGAGUCAAGCUGGACAAACACGCAGAGCUUCUACGUGUUGAUGGGUGGUUUUAUGAUCGGUUCGCCCUACGGUACGAAAGGGUAUAAUGCCAUCAAGCCGGACGGUAUCGACUUCUUCCUUCGAGAACAGGACACCGAGAACUUAGCUAUUAGGAACCGACAUCAAAUUGAAGACAAGAGCAAGGCUAAUAAUCUGGCUAAAUUGAUCGUAUGUCUCCAGGUACUGUGGUUUUGUUCUCAAUGCAUCGUUCGACUAGCAGUGGGUCUACCGAUAUGCUUACUGGAAUUGAACACGGUUGCGCAUGCCAUUUGCGCCAUAUACAUUUACGCACUCUGGUGGGAUAAGCCAUUUAAUGUCGAGCAACCAACGUUCAUUCCAGCGCGUGGUGACCUGAUACCUAUCCAGGCAUAUACAUACAUGAACUCGACAGAGGGUCGAGUGCGCCGAAUAGGGAGGCAUCUUCCUAACACCGGAUACCGUGAUCGUAACCUCAGGGUGGACUUCAAUUUCAUGUCCAGCGAGGAAAUCCGUCAGAGAAGACAGGAGCAGUAA